GCAGUAUCGCAGUCAUCGCACGCAUCACCGCGUGCAUCGUUUCGCUCGCUUGUAUUUAACUCGGUUCUAUCGACGAGACGGCAAUCGAAGCCGUUCCACGUGCUCAUCCUCGUCGUGACGAUGAAACCGACAACGUACGUGUGCGCAACAAAACAAUGUUAAUAGUGAUCCACGACUUUUAUAACAAAAACAAAAAUCUAACCUCCUCAUCCUCCUUGCAUUGAUCUCUGUGGAUCUGUGAUUGCAUUUCGAUGUUCAUAUCGCGAAUCCUUCUCGCAGUAUCCUGUGCGGCACGAUGAUCAUCCCACGAGUACCAUAUCCGGAGACAUGAAGUGGUUUUGGUGAGAAGGAGCGUGUAUAAGCAGAACGUAGGAAGGAUGCCAAGCUGCACGAGUCUGAUCAGAUUGCUUAGACGACGUCUCGUUCUUGGACUCAUCUUCGCCCUGUCGCUGACGUAUUGUGCCUUUUCGUUGCUCCGAAAUGAAAAGAGAGGACCGCAUCUGGACAAUGAUCUCGAUAUGGAUCCCAUGAUGAUUAAUGAUAACAAUGACAUGAUACCCGACGAUAAUACGCUAGAAGAGCUAAGAGCGUCUGACAAGCCUCCAUUGUGGCAGAUGGAAAUACUUGAUCAAGCAGCUAGCGAUAACGCAGGAAAUAUAGAGGCUAAUUUAAAUGACAGCGACGCUUCUACUCAAUCUUGUCGUAAUUCUAUUCAAGGAAGAGGCUUGAUAGUUGAUGAUCGCGGCGUAGUAUGCUCGAGACACGAAGUUCUGUCUAAUGGAUGUUGUGCGAUAGAGCCAAGAAAGGCGCCAAAAAACGAAGGGUCAUUGUCUAUGGCUAGAAGAGAAAGAUACAGUUGUAAAACGUGUAAUCCUCAAGGAUGCUGUACUAUUUACGAAUAUUGCGUUUCCUGUUGCCUGCACCCUGAUAAGCAAAUUAGAGGUCGAAAGGACGUGUUGACGGGCUCCGCGAAAGUACAAAAAAACGUAGGGAGAACGCCCGUUCGCAAUUCGGAUCGCUUCCAGAUUUGUCUGGCCGCCUGUCGCACCUCAAGCUCCAGUGUACGGCACGAGAACACUUAUAAGGAUCCCCUCGCGAAGCAUUGUUAUACCCCGCAACGAUAUCGGCGCAAUAUUAACUCAUUAAAUAAUAACGGCGACAAUCCCGCCGUUGUCGUUACUUCUUUUUCUGUGGUAACGUUACUUACCUACCCUUCAUCCGGAUCUUAUUCCUAUUUAACCAAUCCUAUAAUAUUGUCUUCGAUCUUGUACUAACGUUGUCUAAUUAUUAUUUUAUCGUGG